GACCCGAUGUUUUUAAGCCAACGAAGAAGAAAAAAGUAUCGCCGUAAUAAACACGGUUUUCCUUCAUUUUGAGGAUUUAGAUCAUUACAGUUAAAAUACUGUAGACCAUUUCUAAAAUGCGGCGGCCGAAACUUUUACCCGAAUAAAAAGGUCAAUUUUAAAGCCUUGAAGCUUACCUAAUUUUCUUCUUACCACUCAUUCUCACCUUCAAGUCCUGGCAUUUCCUGAUUGAUCAUUAACUAUACCUAUUGCUCAAAAAAAAAGCAACUGAUCAAAAGAAUCCUUGUACCAGCAGUUUUCUCAGUUAAAUGUCCCGCCUAAGAAAAGAUAAAUCACUGCUUGAAGCGUACGAUGAACAAACUUUCAACGCUCAAUUAUACCCAGGGCUAACGCGUUCGGACGAUGUUAAGCAUUAUUGUUUUCCAAUAUACAAGCAUCGCGUCCGUAAUACCUUUAUAUCAGCGCCAAAGCAAAUACAGCGAACGAUCACCGAUGAUCUUAAGCAGUUGGACCAAUCGAUCAAGACUGAACAUGCUGAGACAAAAUUCUCAGGGGAGCAAAAAUUUACAGCUACAGUAACGAAAGCAGAUAUUCAAACCACCGUUAUAACUGGCGUAAAAAGGAAGACAAGUAUGAUGUCAACUCAGGCGGACGACAAGCAUCAAGAAGAAUUAGACUUCCCUGCAAAUAAGAAAAACAAAAACAAUCCGAUGUCAGCAAACAAUAGCACAACGGAUUAUACUGUGAAAGAGGAACAAGAAAAAGUAGUUCAAAAGAAUAUUAAAAAUGGAAAACCAACAGCAAACACAAACAAGCGUAUAACGAGACAACAAGCCAAACUGGCUAAACCUACAUUGACUCAAUUAGAGCAACCGGAUAUUCCGGCUUCACUCACCGUAGAAAGCAAGGAUGAAGGUAGAGGCAAGAAGGAGGGGCAAAAGGAAAAUUCGUACGAUAAAAAAAAUGCCUUCCAAGACCUGCAACUUGAUGAAAUAGCGAAAUCAACAGAAGAAUCUUGGAUACGUGGCAUGUCAGAUAAUAAUAUAAUAACUGAGCAACAACUGUUUGAUGCCAGGAAUGAAGAUCAACAUCAAAAAACAGAAGACAGUCGUACUGCUAUCUGUGAAGCAGUCAUCAAUUUUAAUGAGGAAAAAUAUCGUCAACCACUUAACUUUAUUGAACAAACAACAGCCACACCACCACCUCUUUCGUUUGCGGACAGUGUGGAAUCUGAUAGCAAUAGAUCUGUUCGACAGCUACUACCAAAGUCGACAUCAAUAAAACAAAUGACGAACGACCAACAAAUAUUGCUAAAUAGAGUGCAAAGGCAAUCCACAGUGGAUGAAGUUUAUGACAAUGCACAUGUUGAAACAAGUAAAGAAGGUGAACAACUUUGGAGGGAAAAGGAAAACCAAGAAAUCGAAAAUUUAUAUUGCACAUGUCCUGGUCUGAAAAACAAUUAUAAAUUGAUUACAAAAGUCGGUUAUGGCACUUUCGGCAGUGUUUUCAAGGCAAUCAAUUUAGUAGGGAAACAAAACAUUGAUGACGACGACAGCAGAGUUGAGGAAUAUGUAGCUGUCAAAGUAAUACUAGAUGUUAGUUCCCCUGCUCGUAUUGCCAAUGAGAUCAACUUCUUACAGAUACUGAGUGAUGCACGGUGCAUUGCGCAUAUUUUAGAUGUCUUCCGCAUAAACAGCUUGGUAUUUGUGGUGCUUCAAUAUAUUGAAUCUGAUGAUUUUAGUACAAUCUAUUACAAAAUGCAAUCCGCUGAUAUCAAGAAGUAUAUUAAACAGUUAUUGAUAGGCUUGGAAAGCGCUCAUAAGCAAGGAAUCAUGCAUCGCGAUUUGAAGCCGGGAAAUUUUCUUUACAAUACAAAGACAAAUACUGGCCAUUUGAUCGAUUUUGGUCUCGCUCGAGAGUCGUACAAACUUGAUGCAAAGAAACGAACCAAGGCCACAGUCCCAAAAUCGGAUGAGGAAGUGUUUGACGAACCGGGAUAUUACGAAAUUGAUGAUCGGUGGGUUUUAUACGUUGAAUUUUAUCGUUGCUCUCUUAGAUUGACCUUUUUGUAUGUAUACAUGUAUAAUAGACCUCAUUUUGAAGCAGAUCGCUCUGGUACAAGAGGGUUCCGUGCACCUGAAUUGCUCAUACGGUACAAAUAUCAGACAACUGCUGUUGAUAUGUGGGCAGUCGGUGUGAUCCUCUUGAUUUUUCUCACAGGGCGUUAUCCUUUCUUUGACCCUGAAGAUGAUGCUGAUGGUCUUGUAGAAAUAGGCGAGCUAUUUGGAAAAAGAAAACUAUCGGAAUUUUGCGAUUAUUACGAACUCUGUCUGCAAACCAACAUACCCACAAUACCUGAUGAACCCAAAGAUUUAGCAGAAUUAUGCAAACAGUUGAAUGAAGAUUGGAAGAAAAUGUGGCAAACUGAAGAAGACUUUCUUUCUGCAGUUAAUUUAGCGGAACAGUGUCUUCGACUGAUACACACAGAAAGAAUUACGGCUUCUGAAGCAUUAAUGCAUCCGUUUUUAUUGUCGUAGCUAUUAUGAUAAGCAUUUGUUUAUAUUCUAAUUUACCAGCUUCUUUUAUUAUACCCAAAUUUGAUACUAUCACUGUACGAAAUAAACUUACCCGAUAUACCUUUGUAUUAUUCUCACU